UAACGCGUAGGGUUUCGCUUAGACUGUCUCGUUAUUAGGCUGUAAGUUGAAUUGUUGUGGGGCAAAAAUAACCCCAUUGUGCGGUGUUUGAAGGAAGCCAAACGAAGCGAGGUAGAUGAGAUGUUCACAGCCCGUGAGUAAUGAUUUAAAGGAUGCUUGUUGGUGUGAAUGAUGCCUGGAGGUGGAGAUGCUCGUGAUGCUAUGGCCUAAGUGAGGAACCAUCAUGCACAUGACCCUGGACCUCUUUUUAUUUCCACUGGUGCACUGGUAACAUUUGGCUUUCCAAUAACAUCACUAUAGUGAAUUAUGUAACACUCUUGAUCCACGCCAUGAAGCACAGUAUUUAGUCCUGGACACCGUUAAACCCCCCGUCUGUCACCAUGUCCCUGGCUGUGCAGUCACAGAAAUGGUUCCCAACACACGUCCAAGUGACGGUCCUUCAAGCCGCAGAGCUCCGGGCGAAGGGAAAGAACGGCACAAACGACGCCUACACUAUCAUCCAGCUCGGGAAGGAGAAAUACUCCACGUCGGUGGCGGAGAAGACGCUGAAUCCCAUGUGGAGAGAAGAGGCUUCAUUCGAGCUUCCAGGGCUGCUGGUGGAGGGCAACCCCGAGGUUUAUGAGCUGUGUCUCGUCGUGAUGCACAGGUCUCUGGUCGGGAUGGACAAAUUCCUGGGCCAGAAAUCCGUCAACCUGAACGAGGUGUUUGACAACAAGGAACGAAAGAAGAUCAACUGGUACACCCUGGAUUCCCGUCCAGGCCAGAAGAAAAAAGAGCGUGGGAAGAUCCAGGUGAGCAUCCAGUUCGUGAGGAACAACAUGACGGCCAGCAUGUUUGACCUGUCGAUGCGGGACAAGCCACGCUCGCCGUUCUCCAAGCUCAAGGACAAGGUGAAGGGUCGCAAGCACGACUCGGACGCCUCUUCAGCCAUCUUGCCUCGCUCAGCGCAGUGUGAUGCCGAAUCCCAGCUUCCGCAGAACGUAUCAGACCCCAAACGUCAGCACAAGACUGCUAAUCUGGAGCCCAAAUCCAAACACUCGCUUCUUCCGGGGGCUCAGAAACUCUCUGCUGCCCACUCCAUGUCCGAUCUAGUCGGAACGCACUUCAGGCCCAAGACGGACUCUGUAAACUCCAUGGAGGAGAGCGGCGGCAUUCCUCCUCACCGCCGCUCUCAGAGCGAGAUGCCCGGUUACCAGGACGGCGAGAUGGCAGGUGACCCCUUUCCAGAAAUGCCACAGAAAUCCGCCACGCUCCCACGCAAUCGCAACCCCUUCGAGUCAGACCACGGGCAGCUGUGGGACAAAAAGGAGAAGAAGGAGAAGGUCAGCUUGCUGGAGCGUGUGACAGGGAAGAAGGACGGGAAGAAGACGAGUAACGGAGGACGAGCAGGAAAUUCAGGGGACCUUCAACACUUCACAAAUCCUUUCACCACUGAAAGUGAUACUAACCCCUUCUUGCCACAUCACAUGCCCAGUAAUCAUGCAAAAAAACCAAGCAGCAACGAAGACCUGAGUAAGAAAAACGUUUCCCCGGAGAAAAAACAAGGAAAGAAGUUCGUCAGAGAGUCGGAGCCCGAACAGCUCCAGAGCAGCAUGGCGGCAUACAGCAGCCUGACGUUCGAGGAGGUGGUGCAGGAGCUGAUCAAGCAGAAGGAGGUGGUGAAGAAGAAGGACGCUCACAUCCGCGAGCUGGAGGACUACAUUGACAACCUGCUGGUCCGUGUCAUGGAGGAGACGCCGAGCAUCCUGAGGACGCCGUACGAGCCCAAGAGGAAAGCGGGGAAGAUCUCCAAGAAAUAGACGUCCGCCUCGGCGUCCGGGAAAACGGUGAUCCCAUAAUCACGCGUUUCUCUUCGUUUACAUGUUAUUCAGGACUCGAAGACUCGAGAUUGUACGACCUUAUAAAAAUUGGUGGGCGAUCGAAGGACUUUUUGUGCCAACGCCAAAAACUGGCUAAGAACUUUUUAUUAUGUAGUUUGUUGUUUGUACACUGAGGUUUGUAAAUACUUUCUUCUGUCUUUUGUGUGGCGGUGUGGGAAAACCCAUCAGAUGUCUCUGCGGGCAACAAAUGACGAGAAAAAUCUGUCCAUAAAGAUAUUUAAAAAUGGAAAUGUUUUUAUUUCGUUUUACAAACAGUCCGCGUAGCAAGCAAACACAAAUUGUCGAUGAAUCGGAAUCGAUUCAUUUGA